GCACUUUUUGCGAUGCUGCCUCCCCUGACUAAUAUUCUUUUCAGGCAUCGCCGGUGCGCGACGAUUGUCUGUCAGUGCUUGGGCUUCCGAAGUCAGCUUCUACUAUCUCCCCACCCAUCCUAUCUCCGGAGCCGAUUCCACCAAGGCCCCACAACUUCCGGCGGUUGUUGCGCGACGCUACACUAGGAGUACAAAUGCCGGCGUCAAAGUCGGCCGCGAUGCAGCGCCGUCAAAGUCGGCUCGCGUCAUUCUCCGCGGGGCUCUGGCUUGCCGCGGCCGCUGUCUCCUCGUGCCACGCGGCUAGCAUACCGAUCCGCGCAUCUCAAUCCGUGUUUCUCAGCGACUGCCAGAAGGCAUGGGGGACGACGAUCCCAGGGUGGUCCCAGACAGCCAGCUGUAGCGCUGCUCAAGGUCUCACGUGUGACCCGUCGGGCAUGAUUACCGCCAUUCGAAUGGAUUCCACAAACAUUUCUGGUGCUAUUCCCGACAGCAUCUCCUCACUCACUGCACUGACAUGGCUAGACCUGGGAUAUAAUCAGCUUGACGGAUCUAUUCCAGCUGGAUUUGGAAACCUCCCUGCAUUGCAGUACCUAGCCCUGACGAACAAUCAGCUUACUGGACCCAUCCCAGCUGGCAUUGGAAAUCUCCCCAACUUGAAAGUGCUAUAUAUGGGAGGCAAUCAGCUGACUGGGCCCAUUCCAGAUGUUUUUGGAAACCUCACAAACUUGGACACACUAUUUUUGGGGUUAAAUUCGUUGACUGGCUCCAUUCCCAACAGCAUCACCUCACUCAAUCAGCUCUCCAUUCUUUCUUUGGCGUCCAACUCGUUGACUGGCUCCAUUCCCGACAGCUUUACCUCACUCAAUCAGCUCUCCUCUCUUUCUUUGGCGUCCAACUCGUUGACUGGCUCCAUUCCCAACAGUAUCACCUCACUCAAUCAGCUCUUCCUUCUAGAUCUGUCUGCGAAUCAGCUUUCGGGGCCCAUCCCAGCUGGAAUUGGAAACCUCACAAACUUGAAGGCACUGAGUUUCUCAAACAACUCGUUGACUGACUCCCUUCCCAACAGCUUCACCUCACUCAAUCAGCUCACCAUUCUAGUUCUGUCUAGGAAUCAGCUUUCCGGGCCCAUUCCAGUUGGGAUUGGAAACCUCACGAACUUGAAGGCACUGAGUUUCUCAAACAACUUGUUGACUGGCUCCCUUCCCAACAGCAUCACCUCACUCAAUCAGCUCUCCAUUCUAUGGCUCGACAACAAUUCGCUGAGCGGGAUCCUUCCAAACUCUCUUGAGGUCAUGUCUCAGCUUACCUCCUUGGGAAUCAAUGACACGAGCCUCAACGGAACGUUGCCAACGUUUCUUGGGAGUUUCAGUUCCCUCGAUUCACUCAACAUCAGCGGCACAAACCUCACGUGCCCACCGGACUACAUCGCCUGUGGCUCAACACAGUCGCCUAAGACAGCCUUCUGUCGGACGUGCCCUUCCUUCUGCAGCACUUGUGGCAAACCAGCACCAGAUUCAUCCACAAACAGCAGCACCACCAGUAGCAGCUCUGGAGGCAGAGGUGUAUCAACGGGAGUCAUUAUCGGUGUUGCUGUUGCGGCUGGGGUAGUUCUCCUGCUUCUCAUUGCCGUACUGCUCUGCUUCAGGCACACGAUGCAGCUGAAGAGAAAGGCCCUAGGUACCAGCCUGGCUGCUGCACACUGCACGGAAUUCUCUCUGGCUGAGGUCCUCAAGGCCACCAACAACUGGUCGGAGGACAACCAGCUUGGCUCGGGUGCCUUUGGUGAUGUCUACAAGGGCGUGUCUCCUCGCGAUGGCACCACAGUGUGGGCUGUGAAGCGAGCCAAGCUGAUCGACGUGGACUUCCAGAGGGAGAUCCUCCAAAUGGCCGACAAGAACCAUCCCAACAUUGUGCGGCUGCUCGGGUUUGCAGUUGGAGGGGACGUGAGGUCGAAAAUCGAGCAGAUCUUGAUCUACGAGUUUGUGUCCAACGGUGAUCUCCACAAGUGGAUUGAUCGCGAUGCAUCCAACCCUCUAAGCUUCAAGCAGCGGCUGGACAUUCUCAUUGGAAUCGCACGUGGCUUUGAGUACCUCCACAGCUUCGACAUUGUGCAUCGGGACAUCAAGCCGGCAAACAUCCUCAUCACUGCUGACAUGCAGGCCAAGAUUGCAGACUUUGGGCUUGUGAGGGCGGGAGAGGGCACCACAGUGGGCUCUACUCGGAUCAUGGGAACACCGGGCUAUCUGGAUCCCGUUUACUCCAGGACAUCGCUGGCAACUUCUGCCAGCGAUGUCUACAGCUUCGGUGUGCUCAUGCUUGUGGUCCUCACGGGGGAGGCUCCAAUUAUUGAGUCGGCUGGAGAAACCAGGCAGAUCACUUCGUGGGCAUCCGAGUGCAUGACCUUGGGUGACUUGGGGAGCCUCACUGACUCCAAUGUUGAGGCCCCUGGGGAUGCUGUGUUGCGCUUGACUCAGCUGGCAAUCAGCUGCACCGUGGAGCGCACUGCAAGCCGCCCAAGCAUGGCUCACAUUGCCAACCAGCUGAAGGCCAUCCGGGAGGAGGUGGCGGGGAAGGAUGAGCUGAGUGCUGCGGUUAAGGUGGAUGCGCAGGUGCAGGAGAUGAAGGACACAUUUGGAGAUGUCGAUGCGUUUGAGGAGUCACUCAAGAUGAUUGGGGAGAGAUUCUCCAACGAAAACCAUGUCUAAAUCUGUUAAGGGUGUGAUACCAUAUACACCCGGAUAUAAGCGCAUAUGUGCUUGUUAUGGAACCCCUUGCAAAAUCACCUGCGUUUAUAAUCGAAUUUAAUGUGUAAGCCCAUGCGCUUUAUAAAUGUACCGUAAAGAA